UAGUUAUUUACAUCAGCUUGAUUUGAAAAAAUAAGUAGGUAAAGCUAUGAAAACUCACUUCAGAGUCUCCCGUGAAUCAUAACAUCAAAACUAGCAGAUGGAAAAUUUUGCUGAAUAUGCCAUCAGAAACACUGAGAGCUAGAGAGCAUCCCUAUAGGGUUUAUUGAUUGACAUUCAUGAGUAAUCCAUUCGGAAAACCAUCAGAAGAGAGCCUGACCACUUUCCCCUCACUCAGAAAGCACUGGCAGUUUCCCAACGUCAUGUUGCCAAGUGAUGGUCUGAUCCUGAUGCUGCUGCUGCUGUACACCCCGGUUGGCCUAUGUUUAAUGUUACUACGUAUAUUUAUAGGUGUUCAUAUAUUCCUCGUGAGUUGUGCACUUCCUGACAGUUUUGUAAGAAGAUUUAUAGUACGAGUCAUGUGCUCUGUGUUGGGCCUGCAUGCAAAACAGAACAACCUGCACUUACGGGACAAAAAUGUCAAGUUGUACGUCAGCAAUCACGUUACUCAGUUUGACCACAACAUUAUUAACCUCCUUACCUCCUGCCACACUCCAUUGUUGGAGGGCCCUUCAGGGUUUGUGUGCUGGGCACGGGGCUUCAUGGAGCUGGGCACUGUGACAGGCAGCAGGGCUGAGCUGGCACAGACCCUGCGUGGGUAUUGUGCUGUUCCUGGAGCUCUGCCCUUACUACUCUUCCCAGAAGAAGACACAACCAAUGGGCGUGCUGCCCUGCUCAAGUUCAGCUCCUGGCCUUUCUCUGUGGCAGACACUGUACAGCCUGUGGCCCUGUGGGUGAAGAGGCCCUUCAUAGCUGUGAAUGUACCAGAAUCUUCGUGGCUGACUGAAUUGCUGUGGACGUUUUUUGUCCCGUUCACAGUGUAUCAAGUAAGGUGGCUUCCUCCAGUGCAAAGACAUGAUGAAUCACAUCAAGAAUUUGCCAAGAGAGUCCAAGAGCUUAUGGCCACCGAGAUGGGUGUUGUUGCGACACGGAUCACCAAAGCAGACAAAGCUGAGCACAUCAAAAGGAAAAGGCACACAGUUUCCCACACCACACACCUGGAUGUGGCGGCUAGACCUCGUACUGGGGCACAGGAUCCUAGAGUGGUGCUCAUGGCACAACAGGUGAAGGAAGUGCUCCCAGACGUCCCUCUGAGUGUUAUCACCAGAGAUCUGUUACAAACAAACUGUGUGGAUACAACUAUUACCAACCUGCUGGAGAGCACUGAGCAGCAUCAUACAGAGCCUGCAGAAGCUGCACCAUCAGGCCCAUCACAACCUUUAACCUCCACCACGCCUGCUGUUCCUGCUCCACCACCUGCUCUAAAGCCAGCUGCCAAAACUUUUGGGAAAUCACCAUCAGACAGACACGUGUCUUUACAGGACAGAAAAGCAGCCUUGUAUGAUUAUGCAAGAAGACGAUACAUAGAGAAACAUGGCCUGGACCGAGAGGAAGACUCAUGAGUGUGGGGGAAAAAUCGCUCAAGUUAAUUGAGGGACAGUUAAUUGGAGUUCACACACAGUUCCUAAAACAAGGAGAAGAAAGCAUUACACUGACUUUCCCUGCAGCUUUUGUGUUCAGCAAACAUAUGAAAAGAAGGGUUGGAAAUAAGAAGUUUGGAAUAGUUGACUUAAAUGGAUUUUUAUUAAUCCUCUUGCAUGGCAGUCAUGCAUGUCUUUUUAAUUAUUUCUCUGCUACAGAAAAAAAAUUAUUUUGGUAAACAGUUUGUACUACACCCCAGUACCAGUGGAACAUCUCGUAUUAUUUUUAUAAAUUUAGACUUAGUAAGCAGGAGCUUGGCAUUGUGUGGUACCAAACACAACCCAGUUUGAGGGUAUAUUGUAAGGAUAUGUGUUGAUUCAGUAUCAGACAUUAAAGAUCCAUUUAUAAAUGAAAAA